GCUGCCGCCGCCGCCGCCGCACGCGCGCGAGCGCCCUGCAGAAGCGAGCGCCGCGACACCGCAGACCGCGGCGCCGACUGCCUGGGAUGGCGUUGCCGAGGAGCUGGCCGUCACGGAGGACACGGCUGGGGCCCCAUGACUGGCGGGAAGCCGGGCGAGGCGGCAGGGGCGGCGGACGCGGCGCAGCGAGGGCUUGGCGCCGACCAGAGGGCGUCGCGGGGGCGUGGCGUGGCGACUGGCGCUUGCUUUCUCCCCGUUUUGUUUUCGGGACGAGUUGCCGCGCGGUCGCGCUUUUCGUCCCACGCACUGCCGGCAUUCGUUCGUGCGUUGCCCCGCGCUACGGGAGGGGUGUCUGAUCGGCGGUGGCGGUGGUGGGUGUUUUUUUCCCCCACCGAGGUUGUGAACUGCUCCCAGUUUCUUUUUGCGCCUAUCUAG